GGUAGUAAAGAUAUCACUUUCAAAUUGUCAUCAAAACAUCAUAUUAAACACCAAAAUUUGAAAAGCAAUGAGCGACAUCAAGGUUAUUCGAAGCAUAAGCCGACAAACUUCUGGCAUAAAAAGUAAAAGCGAUCAUAAGGAUAGUAACAUAUCUUCAAAACAAAAAGAGGCAAGCGAUCAACAGAUAACUGACCAUGACCAAAAUGAAAAUAUCUCAAAUACAUCAAACCUCAAAUUGAAAAGUACCGAAAAAAUCCUCUCUAAAACGAACCAAUCUGGACAAAUACAAACUGUAAGAAAAUGUCUGAGGAAGGGUUCCCGUAUUUGCUACACAGAUAUGGAAAACAUUACCGUUCUGAGAAAAAUUCCUGAAAAAGAUGCUUCAAAAAUGUCGUUCCUGUCUAAUCAAAAUAAAAAUCAGUCUUUCGAGAAAGUAGACAGUUACAGAUCAGGGGAAUCAUUAUUUAAGACAUUCACCUUUGAGCAGACCAGAGACAUCGACGAUCCAGAAACAGUGAAAUGUAUCGAAUUUUGGAAAAGCGUUAUGAAAAAAAAUUUGGCACCGAUCAAAUGCACCCUUUUAGAGAGCAACAUAGAACCCACGAAAAGAAAAAGUUCAACCCCUAAGGAUAGGUCAUCUAAAAGCAGCAGAAAAUCUGAAGAAAAAACGGAAAACCUCAAUUUCACGGGUGACGGAGCAAGAAUUUGGUCUGAGGCUUUGAAGGAAAUAAGGAGGAAAAAAUUGGAUCAAUUGAAAUUGUAUGUACGAGAAAGAUGCCAAUAUUGUAGUGAUCCCUUCACGAAAGAAUUAGAGGAAAAACUUGGCUAUGAGACGUCAGAAGAUCAGAACAGCGAAAUUGUGUCUUUGAACGAUUGGAAAGCUCCGAAUGAACAGAUAGACUUAAUAGAAAAUAAUCUCAGUAAAAUUGGUCUGAAGAAACGGAUCUCCGUGAAGGUGAAGAAGAUGUCCGUUUCAGAUCCAAAAACGGGCGAGAAAUCCAACUUCGACCAAGCAGGAAGAGAGGGUUCAGCUGUCCUGAAGACGAAGUCUCCCGAAGAGGGAGCUGUCAACGAGGACAAGAGAUUAUCGCAGGAACCUCCGAAAAAGCUCCCCUCCAUCCUGAAGUCUUCGUCCAAGGUCAGCCAGGCAAGGGCCAGCUUGAACGACAGUACCAAAAAGCCUUCGGGACAACAAAUGUCCUCUGUCGAGAUUCAGGCACCAACCGUGAAGUGUCCUUGCGAGUCUGACACUUGCGUCUGUCCUCACAGGGCUGCUGCCAGAAAUAGCAGGACCAGUUUUGUCGAGAUAGCAAGGAAGAACAUGUUGCAACGAGACGGUUCUACGGAAAAAUUCUUUCCCAAGGACGAGGAGCCCUGUGUCUGCGAAGUUACCGAGCAGAAACCCUGGAACAAGAUCGUUUGUGAGAAUGAACCAUGUCCAGCUAAAUCGCCAAAGGUCAAACCACUGGAGAGUAGUUCAGACUUCAACAUGCCUGUCCAGAACGCUGAAGAUCUUUGUGUUUGCGCGAAGAAGUCCAAAGUCGUUUGUCCUAGCGAUAAUUGCCAAAAUAAGAUAAGUCAAGGAUCUCUAGUUGAAGGAUUCCCGGAAGUUAAAGACGAUAAAAAAGACGCCUGCGUCUGCAACGACCCCGAUUCAGAAGCUCCUUGCAUAUCCGACGUAUGCCCAACAAAAACUCCUAAAGAAGUGCCAAAAACUUGCGUGUGCAGUUCAAACUUACCUUGGGCCCAAGCCACUUGCCGUUCUUGGAGCUGUUCGCACAACAGAAGAGCCAAAAUUAAAAUAAGAAGAGACGACGAUGAAGAAAAAAUCAGAUUCACAAGCCACCCGCCCAUAAAAGAGGUAACCUCAACCUGUACGUGCCAACAGAAGAUCCCUUGGCGUGAUGUGACUUGCGAAUGCGAAACUUGUGCGGUCAAGCCAAAACAGGAACCUGUUGUGAAAGUUAAGGACAAGAAAUCAAGCGUGCUCAAGAUAUCUCUCAAAUCGAAAAGUAGCAGUAAGGAAUCUUUAGGUGCCAAAAAAACGAGGAGUAAGGAAAAAUUCACGAUUGUACCGACAAGCGCGGAAAGAUUGAGCAAAGAGAAGGAAAAGACCAAACCUAAAACAGCACCUUUAGUCAGCCCCAGCCACCAAUGCGUUUGUUCAGCUGCACCACCUUGGAAAGUUGUUACUUGCAAGGAGAAAUGCAUGACCAAAGACGAGGAAAAAAGAGAGCUCAACGCACCUUCUAGCGUAGAACGCGUUUCCUAUUCAACAGACGAUGAAUGCGUUUGCAAAGAUAAGUCCUUGGAGCCGACAUGCAAAAUACCAAAGUGCGAAAAUAAAUUGGUUUGUAUCGAGUACACGCAACCAUGCAUUUGUCCAAAGGACGUUGAAAACACCAAACAACAUUUCACAUGUACUUCAGAGAUCUGCAAAAUGAAGAACAUCGACAAAACAUGCUUGUGCAGGUUACAGCCCGAUGCGCCAUGCGACGCAAAAACAUGCUCCUCCAAACCACAGGCGUCGAAAACAUUGGUCCACUCCAAAAAACCAGUCAAAUAUGAUCCUAAGUGCAUUUGUAAAGUUCGAGGAUUACCGACAACUGAAGACGUCACUUGUGCAGCUCCAGGAUGUCCAUUCAAAAGGAAGUAUCCGAAACUGGUUAAGAAAAAAAUAGCCAAGUUAUACGUACCUCCUCCUUAUGAAUAUAAGGGUGAAGAAGAUGAAACCAAGAAGUGUAUUUGCAGCACCAAAGAGGCCUCGAUAUUUGUUAAAUGUCACAGUAUGUCUUGCAAGAGAAAGAACCGAUCUGGUAAGUCUGAACACAGCGGUGACGAGUUCUACGACGAGGAUAACUCCGAACAAGAGGUAUGUAUUUGUAAAGACGAGCAAACGGACUAUAGUAGUCGCGAAGAGGAGGUGAUCUGCGAGCAAAUCCAAUGUCCCAAAACGCACGUAGGUGAAGAUGGGGCUGUGAUGAACGACAAGUGCGUUUGUGCCAACCUGGAUGAAACAUGCGAUGAGCCAACCUGUCCUUCAGGAGAAGAAUACCGUGAUAAAAUCUGCAGCGAAAUAGCCCUAAAAACAGAAAGGCCAUACUGCCUUAUUUGCGGUCAUUACGAAUGCGGCAAAAAUAGGAGACUAUCGAGACUACAAAAAAUCUGCAAAGAAAUGUUCACGGAUAUGAAUGAUGAUAUGUAA